AUGGGCCGCGAAGACCAGAUCGAAGAGCGCGAAGUGCUCGACUCCAUUUUCCCCGAGGAAAUCACAGAUAUUUCUGACACCUCAUACCGGAUAUCAAUUGCUCUUGACGCACCCGAAAAUGACGUCGAAGAAACAGAGCAGCCUGUCUUGCUCCUGCAAGUCACAUACCCAGCAGACUACCCGGAUGUUGCACCGGAACUAGAGUUGAGUGCGCCUCCGAACGCACCGAAACACCCCCGACUAGACAUCAGUGAGGACCGGGACCGACUUCUCGAAACCUUGCAACCGACCAUUGAGGAGAACAUGGGAAUGGCUAUGGUAUUUACGCUGGUUAGUGCUUUGAAGGAGAGCGCCGAAGAGCUCAUGGCGGAGCGCGUGAAUGCCGUUCACGCCGAAAAAGAGAUGGAGGCGAAGAAGGCGGAAGAGGAGGAGAACCGGAAGUUCCAGGGCACUGCUGUUAAUCGGGAGACGUUCUUGGAGUGGCGCGACAAGUUCAUAAAGGAGAUGGAGGAGGAAGAGAAGAGGAAGCGCGAGGAGAAGGAGGCGGAGGAGAAGAAGGCUACCAAGAAGGGUCCGGCAAAGGAAGAAAAGAAGUUGACGGGCAAGCAGCUGUGGGAGAGAGGUCUUGCUGGAAGGGCAGACUUUGAUGAAGAUGAGGAGGAUGGUAUUCCGGCUGCUGUGGAGAAUAUGAAGAUAGCUGCUUAG